UUUCCGGUAUUUUGUGCACGUUCACUCGUCUAACGCAGUCCUCUAUCUGCUAGGCUUUCGCAUCUGUUUUUGUAACAGUCCAAACAAGGGAACUUAUUACUUGUUGUUUUUUAUCUAUAGGGUGCCUAAACAUUUUCAAAGAUGCCACGAAUUAUGAUAAAAGGAGGCGUUUGGCGGAAUACCGAGGAUGAGAUCCUCAAGGCGGCGGUGAUGAAAUAUGGGAAAAAUCAGUGGUCUCGUAUUGCUUCGCUCCUACAUCGCAAGUCCGCCAAACAGUGUAAAGCCAGAUGGUACGAAUGGUUGGACCCAAGCAUCAAGAAAACGGAAUGGUCUAGAGAAGAAGAGGAGAAGCUGCUGCAUUUGGCCAAAUUGAUGCCAACUCAGUGGAGGACCAUUGCUCCCAUCAUAGGACGCACAGCUGCUCAAUGUUUGGAGCACUACGAAUAUCUGCUAGACAAAGCUGCACAGAGAGAUAAUGAGGAAGAGGUGGGUGAUGACCCCAGGAAGUUAAAACCGGGAGAGAUUGACCCCAAUCCUGAGACUAAACCUGCUAGGCCUGACCCUGUUGAUAUGGAUGAAGAUGAGUUGGAGAUGCUCUCAGAGGCUCGAGCUCGUCUGGCCAACACUCAGGGUAAAAAGGCCAAAAGGAAGGCCAGAGAAAAGCAGCUGGAAGAAGCUCGACGACUGGCAGCUCUGCAGAAACGCAGGGAGUUGAGAGCAGCAGGAAUUCGCAUUAACAAGAAAAGGAAGAAGAAAAGGGGGGUGGACUACAAUGCAGAGAUCCCUUUUGAGAAGAAACCUGCUCCGGGCUUUUACGACACGAGUAUGGAAAACUUUGAGGCCAUGGAGCCCGACUUCAAACGUCUGCGACAGCAGCACUUGGACGGAGAACUGCGCAACGAGCGAGAGGAGCAUGAACGGAAGAGAGACAAACAGAAGAUAAAGAAGAAGAAAGAGAGUGACCUUCCCUCUGCCAUCCUUCAGACCAGUGGAGUGGCUGAAUUCACUAAAAAACGUUCCAAACUAGUUUUGCCUGCACCACAGAUCAGUGAUGCAGAGCUGGAGGAGGUGGUGAAGAUGGGCGUGGCUAGUGAGGUAGCGCGCCAGGCGGCAGAGGAGAGUGACAGUGGUAAUGCUGCAUCAUCGACUCUGCUGUCUGAGUACAGUGUGACCAAUGCUGUUGGCACUGGGCUCCGGACACCGAGGACCCCUGCUGCCCAGGAUCGCAUACUACAGGAAGCUCAGAAUCUGAUGGCUUUAACCAACAUUGACACACCUCUGAAGGGAGGGCUCAACACCCCUCUGCAUGAGAGUGACUUUAGUGGAGUGACCCCCCAGAGACAGACCGUCCAGACCCCCAACACAGUGCUCAGUACCCCCUUCAGAACCCCAGGACCAGGCCAGGGGUCAGAGGGCAUGACUCCUCAGGCUGGAGGUGCAAUGACUCCCCGUGGGGCUGUAACCCCAGGACUGACUCCAGGACGCACACCCCUUAGGGACAAACUUAACAUCAACAGUGAGGAGCAGCUGUCAGACCCUGCCUUCACCAAGCAUGCGCAAAGAGAAAGCCUGCAGCAGCUGAGACAGGGUCUGAUGUCACUUCCUGUCCCAAAGAACGACUUUGAGAUUGUUCUUCCCGAAAAUGCUGAGAAAGAGCUGGAGGAAACAGAAACAGAGACUGGAUUCAUUGAAGAUUCAGCUGAUGUGGAAGCACGCAAACAGGCUGUUCGAGAGGCCGAGCGGCAAAAGGAGCUGAAGCUGCGGCACACCUCUGUGCAAAGGGACCUCCCAAGACCUACUGAGGUAAACGAGUCAGUACUGCGUCCCCCCUCCAUGGAGGCCCUCUUGGACUUGCAACUGGCCGAAGAGCUCAUUAAACAGGAAAUGAUCACUAUGUUGCACUAUGAUUGUCUUCAUCAUCCUGCAGCCAAUGCAGCCAGCCAGUUACAGCGCAGCAAAGGCAAAGGUCCUGCCUCCACCUCAAACAACGCAUCACAUAUUACUUACUUGGAAAGUCACCAAUAUAAACCUCUGAGUCCUGAAGACAUGGAACAGGCCAAAACUCUUCUGUCUGCUGAAAUGGAGGUGGUGAAAGCAGGAAUGGGCCAUGGUGAGCUCAGUAUGGAGGCCUACAGCCAGGUGUGGGAGGAGUGCUAUGGACAGGUGUUGUACCUUCCAGUUCAAAACAGGUACACCCGAGCUAACCUGGCGUCUAAGAAAGAUCGAAUUGAAAGCUUGGAGAAAAGACUAGAGGUAAACCGUGGUCACAUGACUGCAGAAGCUCGGCGAGCAGCUAAACUAGAGAAGAAACUCAAAAUCCUUUUGGGAGGAUUCCAGUCUCGAGCACUAGGGCUCCUCAAGCAGCACAAUGACCUAUGGGAACAGGUGGAGCAGGCAGCCACAGAGCUUCAGACAUUCACUCAGCUCAAGACACAAGAAGAUACAGCCAUUCCCCGAAGAUUGGAGGCACUGCGAGAAGAUGUCGAGAGACAGAUGGAGCGAGAAAAAGAACUGCAGCACAGAUACGGAGAGCUCCUGUUGGAGAGAGAGGCUUUAAUGAACAGUGGCCACAAGUUCUGAGGCUUCUUGGACAGCACAUAACCAUAUACUUGUAAACAGCCAGCCAUGUCUCACUCGUCACAGUGAAGAAAAUAAUGUGGAGUCAUAUGAAAUGUGUACAUGCAAACGUAAGAAUAAUCCUCAUGAUCAAAGCAGAUCAUUCAGUUCUAUUGUCAAAUCUGGGAGCUGCCAAGUGGUGUACAUGCAGGUCUUCUCCUUUACAACCAACUUCACUUUGAAUUAAUGUUUUGUUCUUGUGUAAUAUCCAAUAAAGUUGUAAGAACAGUA